AUGGACGAAAAACAAAAGGUAUUCACUAAAGUCAAAGCAGCUGAAUACACCAAUAAAUACCGUCAAGACAUUUAUGGAAUUGUGGAAUAUGUCCAACAAAAAAAAGAAGAUUUAGAAGAAGAUUAG